UGACCACGAGUACAACCAUAUCAAAGUAGCCAUCACGUCACAGACCCUGAGUACACUCUUCAGUCAUUUUUUGAACAGAUCAGUACUUGCAAAAGUCCUUUGAGGUGGAUUUUGAAGGCGAAAAUAUAGUUUAAUAGAUAUUGUAUGAUGUGGUUAGCUCAAAAUCCAAGUAAGCGAUGGGGCGAAAUAUUCUUUCUUCUAUAUACACCUUUCUGGUUGACGCUUUGCCUUGGCAUUGUUGUUCCUUACAAGUUAUAUGAGACAUUCACAGAAUGGGAGUAUCUGCUUAUUGGUCUUGUUUCGGCAGUUCCUACUUUUGUAGUACCACUUCUAUUUGUUGGAAAGGCUGAUAGCAAUGUUUCUUGGAGCAAUCGCUAUUGGGUAAAGGCUAAUCUCUGGAUGAUGAUUUUCAGUUAUGUUGGAAAUUACUUUUGGACUCACUACUUCUUCAAAGUUUUGGGUGCAUCGUAUACCUUUCCAUCAUGGAGGAUGAAUGAUGUACCUCAUACAACUUUCCUUCUCGCUCACGUCUGCUUCUUGUUUUACCAUGUUGUUUCAAACAUUACUCUUCGUAGACUACAACAUGCAAUUGCUGAGUUGCCAGAGACAAUUCAAUGGGCUUUUAAGGCUGGCUGGAUUCUGGCUCUUGCCUAUGUCAUUGCAUACCUGGAGACAGUGGCUAUUGCAAAUUUUCCCUAUUAUACGUUUGUGGACCGAGCAUCCAUGUACAAAGUUGGCAGCUUGUUUUAUGCAAUUUAUUUCAUUGUCAGCUUCCCAAUGUUUCUGAGGGUUGAUGAAAAACCUGGCGAUCCGUGGGACCUACCCAGAGUGGCCAUUGAUGCCUUGGGGGCUGCAAUGCUUGUUACAAUUUUACUGGACUUGUGGCGCAUUUUCCUUGGACCUAUUGUUCCUAUUCCUGAUUCAAAGCAGUGUCCUCAAUCAGGAUUACCAUGGUUUGCCGAACAUACCCAACAAUUCUGAAGCCAAGGAAAAUUUUUCAGGGAAGAGCAUUUGUAAGAAUGAUCUCUAACUACAGUAGGAGCAGUCAUGCAUGCAUUUCUGUUUUCUUUGAUGCAACACCGGUUGUAUCAUGUUUUUCUUGUAUCCUUAGUUCAACAAAUUGCCGAUGAGAUGCACAAUGUACGGCAUCUUGCUUUGCUCAUAUUUUACCUUUAUGCAUUUUUCCUGGUGAUUCAUGGUAUCAUAAACUCUUAUUCCUUCAUUUCUACAUUAACAACUGCUGCUUGAUGUAGAUGAUUCCCUUGA